AAAUUUCAAUUCUUCAUUAGCAACAUGUCUCAGUGAUUGCUGCUGGAAUGGAAACAGAUUUUGAUGGCUUUUUAUAGCAAAUACAAGUCAAUCUUGACUAUAAUUUUUGCACUGUCGGUAGCCAUUGUAGUUCUUUUUCUAGUGAGGCAGAAUAUUGACCAGAGGCCAAUCGUAAAGGAACCAGUUCAGUACAUUAUGCAUUAUCACAAGAACGACAUGGAGGAGCUCAAAAGAAAGGCAUCAGAACUCAAAAGCUGUCAAUCUAAACUAGUUGAAAGGGAGUUGGAAUUAUCACACAACAUACAGCGUGUGAAGGAAUUGGAGCAGAAUCUAAGAGAGGCACUGACCAACAGAGCGGAAUACAUAUUGAAGCAACCAUUGAUAUUUGCCAUCACUCCAACAUACAAGCGCUGGACGCAGAAAGCCGAUCUCACUCAGUUAUGUCAGACCCUGAGUCACAUAUCAAACCUUAGGUGGAUUGUCGUUGAAGACUCGGAACAGAAAACCCCUUUAGUGACGAACCUACUUUCACACUGUCCAGUUAAUAGCACACACUUGAAUUUUAGAACUUCUCAAAGCCUUCUUAAUAUUGUUAACACUACGGAUAAGAAACCCCAAGUUAAGAAACCCAGAGGCAUAGAGCAGCGGAACACGGCACUCAAGUGGCUUAGGAGGCAGUAUCGUCACGGAGAAGUGAAAGGCGUGGUCUAUUUCGCCGACGAUGACAACACUUACGAUCUUAGAGUUUUUGAUGAGAUGCGUCCGACGAAAAUGGUCUCUGUGUGGCCAGUAGGCCUAGCAGGUGGUCUAAAAUUUGAAGGACCAAUCUGUGUAGGCGACUCUGUGAAGCAGUGGUAUGCCUAUUGGGCCAGGGACAGAAAGUUUCAAAUCGACUUUGCAGGUUUUGCCGUUAACAUUGACAUCAUACUCAACACAAAGGCCCUAAUACUAACAACCAGUAAACCAGGUUACAUAGAGAACGACUUCCUAGAACAACUAAUUGAGUUUUAUGAUCUAGAGCCAAAAGCCAACAGCUGUCAGUCGGUUCUUGUGUGGCACACCAGAACAGAAAAGCCACAAAUGUUUUACGAGGAGCAGCUCAACAAAAUGGGCCACCCUUCGAAUCCAGGGAUUGAAGUAUAGGGCAUUUUAAAAUUAUUUUUCUUUUCUCUUUUUUUAACCUCCUUGUGAUGAUAUAACAACUAUUUAUGAAUAAAUUAA